CGCGUCUCUUCCACCUCGCUCUACUGCACCUCAUUUCGUACGAUGUUCCAACGCGAUCCAAGAGCUGGCGCGUUCCUGGGCGGUGACCGAGUGUCUGGGCAAGACAUACGCGAUCAAAAUGUUAUCGCUGCUCAGACGAUCGCGAACAUCGUGAAGAGUUCAUUGGGCCCUCUUGGUCUGGAUAAGAUGCUAGUGGACAACAUUGGAGAAGUCACAAUAUCCAAUGACGGAGCUACCAUCCUCUCCUUACUCGAGGUCGAAAACCCUGCCGGCCGCGUCUUUGUGGACCUCGCUCAGAAACAAGACAAGGAAGUCGGCGAUGGGACGACGUCCGUCGUGAUCAUCGCUGCGGAACUUCUUCGGCGAGCAAACGAGCUCGUCAAAGCCAAGAUCCAUCCGACCACCAUCAUCACCGGAUAUCGUCUUGCCUGCAGGGAGGCAUGCAAAUUCAUGCAAGAUCAGCUCAGUGUAAAGGUGGAUACGCUUGGACGGGAGGCUCUGAUCAACGCCGCGAAGACUAGCAUGUCUAGCAAAAUCAUCGGCAGUGAUGACGACUUGUUCGCGCCCAUGGCUGUCGAUGCGAUGCUCGCAGUGAAGACUGUCAAUACCAAGGGCGAGACGAAAUACCCCGUGAAGGCCGUCAACGUCCUCAAGGCACACGGUCGCAGCGCUCGGGAAUCGAUGUUCGUCAAGGGUUAUGCACUAAACUGCACGGUUGCCAGCCAAGCCAUGAAGAAGCGCGUAACGAAUGCAAAGAUCGCAUGCUUGGACAUCAACCUCAUGAAGACGCGGAUGCAACUCGGAAUUCAGAUCCUGGUAGACCAGCCUGAGCAGCUGGAGGAGAUCCGUAAACGGGAGGCCGAGAUCACUUUAGAACGUAUCCGCAAAAUCCUCGCCGCUGGCGCCAAUGUGGUUCUUACCACGAAGGGCAUCGACGAUCUCGCGCUGAAGGAGUUCGUCGAGGCUGGCGCUAUGGCCGUCAGGCGUUGCCGCAAGGAGGAUCUCCGUCGGAUAGCCAGGGCGACAGGCGGCCAGCUGAUUUCUAGCAUGGCCAACCUCGAGGGCGAGGAGACCUUUGAGGCCUCGUACCUCGGCACUGCGGAGGAGGUCGUGCAGGAGCGGAUUUCGGACGAUGAGCUCAUCUUGGUCAAAGGAACGAAGGUGGUGAACUCCGCGAGCAUCAUCCUUCGGGGCGCGAACGAUUACAUGUUGGACGAGAUGGAGCGUUCGCUCCAUGAUACGCUCAGCAUCAUCAAGCGUACCCUGGAAAGCGGAAGCGUCGUUCCCGGCGGUGGUGCCGUUGAGACCGCGCUCAGCAUAUACCUGGAGAACUUUGCGACGACCUUGGGCUCAAGAGAACAAUUGGCAAUUGCAGAAUUUGCUUCAGCGCUCCUUUCGAUCCCCAAAACGUUGGCCGUGAACGCCGCGAAAGACUCGACCGAGCUCGUCGCCAAGCUCCGCGCGUAUCACAACGCCGCACAGAACGCGCCGACGGGCGAUCCGAAGAAGGUGCUCAUGCGGCACGGCCUUGACCUCCUCAACGGGGAGGUGCGGGACAACGUCACCGCGGGCAUCCUUGAGCCCACCAUCAGCAAGGUGCGCAGUCUCAAGAGCGCGUUCGAGGCCGCUGUCUCGUUGCUACGCAUCGACGACGCGAUCCACUGCAUCCCAGAGCAAAAGGGUGAGCCAGACCCUCACGGCCACUGAGUAGCGUAGACUCCUUGUAAUACUCAUAACACCGGC